UCUACCUACAACCCCAAUGAAACUCCGAUGUCCUAUCCUACUUUUGGUAAAAUUGGGGCGUUUUGUGGCACAUUUUGACUAAUCAGCAGCCCUCGCCAGUCACCUUCGCUUAUCGCUGGUUAAUCAAAAUUCAGAACCUGUAUUUUGCUGCAUAACAACUCGCUUCUAUCUCUGAGCUCAGUUAAACUUGAAAGCACACCAUUUCAAGCUCAGCUUCCGUGCGGUUAAACCCUAGUAUAAGUGGAUUCCUCCUGAACCCUGACUAAUUUUAUAUGUGACAUACAUAUGUCAGGGGCAGUAGGAAGUUGUUGAGAGUAGAGGAUGAGUACAAAGGUUGACCAGACAUCUGCCAUUGAACUUAACACUGUCAACAUGUCAGCAACAACUACUUCAUCCACAACAUCAACUACAGGCCCAAAGGUCUCUAGGUUUGCUGCAAAGACUGGCUUUGUUAUACCAAAAAAUAAAUUGUCAGGUUCAUUGGUUCCUAUCGUCCAAGGAGGUAAAAAACCAGGAGGAAAUGAUACUGCCAAUGAAGAUAAUAUGAACCAUAUUCAGAGGAAAACAAAAUGGGGCCCUGAUCUGACACAGGAUUUUGCUGUCAGAAGGGGAAGAGCCUUAGCUUAUCAGACUCGGGUGGAUCAGAUUACACAGCAGCUAAAGUCAGGAAAUCUGAAUGUUGGGGAUCCCGAAGACUCACCCUUAGCUGCUCAGAAUAUGGUUAAAAGAUCUUCUGAUACUCAACUUGAUAGUGAGAAAUCAGAACUUUUGCAGCUUGAAAGACGGGAAGCUAUUGGUGAAAUACUAAAAUUGAAUCCAAGUUACAAAGCACCAGCAGAUUAUAAACCUUCAUUGAAAGAGGCAACGGUUCCUAUCCCUGUGAAAGAAUAUCCCGGAUGCAAUUUUACUGGUCUAAUAUUUGGUCCUGGAAGUGAUACUAAGAAGCGUCUAGAAAAGGAAACUGGAGCUAAAGUACAAAUUUAUGGCAUUAAAGCAAAUGCUGGAGAGAAGGUUGAAAUUUCAUCACCUGAAGGUAUUGAAACCCAGGAUGCUUAUGAAGAGUUGUAUGUUCAUCUAUCAGCUGACAGCUUUGAGAAAGUUGAUGGAGCAGUUGCAAUUAUUGAGUUGCUAGUUAGUUCAAUAUCAGGAAAUUUAGGUACUAGUUCGGUGCCCACGAUAUUUAGAAAUGAUGUGAAUGUUUGUAGUCAAACGCUGGAUGUAGCUGUGUCGUGUGUGACUGAUGCUGCUUUAAAUCAGCAAGUGCCGCAACUUACACUAGCUUCUUCACAAGGUCAGUUUCAAUACCAUAAUUCAUGGUUCUCUACAGGCCUGACACCGCUGAAUUUUUCAGCACCAAUUCCCAACAGUUCUGUGCCUGCACAGUCCUCACCUUCAGGCCUGCCUUCACUCUUUGGGUCCCGACCAGCUGCUGCAGCUGGAUACAACUCAAUUAUUCAAAACUCAUCCUUUGUUUCAUCCAGCCCACUGCUGCCAAGACAAGUAUUAUCACAGCCAUAUUUGCCUCAGAUGCAUCCUUUGGGUCAUUCCGGCCCUCCUAGAAAUUUUCUUGUCUCGAAUCCGAAUCCUCCAACUCAACCUAGCAUUUUGUCCCCACUACCAUAUGCUGGAAGCCAGCCCCAAGCACUGGGGCCACUCCCUGGGACAAGACUAUCAAUGCCUUUGUUUCCUCAAACUGCAUCAAGUGUUUCAUCAAGACUGCAACAAGAGCAACCAAAGGUACCUGCAGGAAGCUCCACAGGUUGGUCAGGCACUUCUGCAUCCCUAGGUCUGAACAAUGUUGGGCAACUGGCUCCACCAGUAGUUCUUUCCCAGGUGCCUCAUCCUGUAGUUCCACAACCGGUUUUGGCAUCCAAUUCGAUGGCCCCUGCAAACAUUUCAGCAACUUUUGCAACAGGGCAAUCUGGCCCUUGUUUAUCCAGUGUGCCUGUUAACCGUCCUUCCAUGUCUUUUGGUCCUGGCCCUUCACUAGUGUCUGCCCCUGCAUUAUCAGCUAUUUUACGUCCAACAGCAGUGUCUGUACCUAUGCCUGUACCAACACCAAUGCAAUCCUCCUCUCCUGUCAUUUCCUUGGCACCAUCACCGAGUCCAUCUAUAAAUCCAGCAAUGGUAUCUGGACCAAUUUUCUCACGAGUGCCAUCCAUGUCCUUGUCACCAUCUUUGCCAGGAGGAAUUUCUGGAUCUAUUUCUGGAAACAUGGCAAAUUUUGCUCCCCUAAAUCAACCUGCAGCAUUAGCUCCAAGACCACAACAUGGAAGUUCUGGGGAUUUCACAUUUCAACCUCACCAGGGUCCAGGCUCUUCAAUGGUUCCAAGGCCAGGCAGUCAGGCUGCAAAUCCACUUGUUCUAGACCCCAGAUCAGCAGUUCAACUGCAGGCACAUCACGCACCAUCUUUCCAGUUUGGUGUACCCAAUUCUACUCCCCAACCAGUAAUGCAAGUGUUUCCUGGGCCACUGAGUGGCAACCAGAUGGGUUUGCCUCAAACUCACAUGUCUUCACCGCUCACUGCUAACCCAAAUGCCAUGUCUGCUUCACUCCGACCUCCAGCAUUCCCAAGCACUGGUCCUGCUGCAAAUGCAACUCCAGUUUCACAAAUGGGAUUGAGAAACUUUGUUCCAUCUCCCCCAACACCCAAUAUGGCUGGUCCCUUUCCUUCCAGGCCAGCGCAUUCUUUGCAACGUCAGCAGCACUACCCAGCUAUGCCAACUAGGCCAGGAAAUUUUGCGUCUCCAAACCCACGAUUUGCCAGUGGUCCUUUCCUGCAGUCUACUAGACCUACGUCUGGUCAUUCUACUGGACAGCAAGUUUAUGAUCCAUUCUCUCCCACUUCUGUUCCUGUUUUAUCUCAACACCAGGGAGGUGAUAAAGCAAAAGCAAGAAAAGAGGAAAGUGAUCCGGAGUAUGAAGAUUUGAUGGCUUCAGUAGGAGUAAAGUAGUAACCAUUUUCAUUAAUUUGUUGUGACAGCCACAAUCGGGAAAUGAAAUUUUACAGUUUUCCUAGAAGUUGAUUCUCUGUUUGAAGAUCUUAUAUAUAUAUAUAU